AUGCGCCGUGUACAGAGUGUGCGCAACUACGGAAAAACACCUCUUGUACUACCUGCAGAUGAUCUCGGCAUUCUUCGUGAGGGGGACGAACCUUGUAUCGAAGAUGUAUUGCGACGGCAACUCCUAGACAAAGAUCGCGAGAAUGACAAGCUUCAAUCGACGAUAUUGACGCUACAGCAACAACUUACUUUGAGGCCACCCAUAGAAAGGAUCCAGGAGCUAGAGAAGGAAUACAAAAAUCUGGAUCUGAUUCUACAGGGAACUCAGAGAGAGAACGAAAGGUGCAUGGCAGAACUGGACAGGGUAAAGACAAGGGAGAAAAUGUUAGAGCAAGCUCUGGCCAAAUUCGCCGGCGAGAAUUGGCAGAGUGCGCUCGACAUCGCGCCACCUUCAUCAACAUUCGCAGCUCGUUCUGUCAUGGGGUCCGUCUUCGCUCGAGGGACGCCGACACCUCAGUUUGGCAAUCCUGACCUGUCUACCUCUGCGCCUGUCUCUCAAGCGGUGGUUGAAACUACGUUAACGCAGGUGGAACAGAUUCGCCUCCUCGUCCUCGGCAUGGAGCAGCGCUUGCAGACCAGGGAGGAGAAACUCGCAAAGACGAUCGAGCAUGCUGGAGCGCAAGAAAUAAAGUGCGAUGCGCUGAAGAAGGAGGUGAUGGCCACAAAAGUGGCUGCCUGA